AUGAAACAUGCAGAUACUAUGUUUGUACUGUUCAGACGAACUAUAAAUGACUAUUCUUGCUUCUACAACCCUGGUAUUAAAUACCAUAUAAACAUAGAUGGCAAAUACUAUCCAAGAGAAGAAUAUUCUACAGUUGAGGAUAUGAGGUCAUACAACUUGACAUUAGAUGCUAUGAACUUUAACAACAACUUCACAACAACCAUAAACCCUGAAAUGCAAAGUUCUAUUAUGCCAUAUGUGAAAGUAUGGACUCAUACAGGAGGUCAAAAAACUCAAUAUACAAAUGGAGACCGUUCAAACUUUUGGCUUGGCAUUCCAUUUGCUGACUCAGAAGACUUUAUGGGUGGUAUUUCAACUGUUGGUACAGUUCAAAUACAAUAUACUGGUGACAGAGACGGUCCAGAUGAACUGAGAGCAAAGAAGUUUACAAAACCAAUAGCACUUUUCACAGAAGAUGCUCUUUUGAAGAUUCGUUCGAUGAAACCUGCUGGGGCUCCUCAGAUUGGCAUAACGACAGCUUCCAUCGAGCAGAUUUUGGCAGCAGGUCAGUAA